AUGCAACAUCCACAGUUACAAGUCCUGGAACAGCAGGUGAAGGGUUCUCAGUCGAAGAUGCUGCUUCCCUUGCUCCUGACCACUCUGACGUACCUCUACACACACCAGCAUGGGAAGGAGACGUGUCGGAGGAGCCUGAAUAGCCCCCGCCGCCUUUCUCUCUCCUCUCUCUCUGUUCUUCUUGUGCUAACCCUUUUAGGCUUAGCAAGGGGGGAGCUACUACUGCUACAUGACACUGCGUCUGAGCUAACUAGUACUGAAAAAGGCCAACACCCACUAGCUGGUUGUGCGCUGGCCAUGAUUACACUAGCUGUUCAUAAAGGCAUAAUAGAACCACGGAGCAACCGCCACUACACAUAUGUAAAGUCUAAUGCAUAUGAGUUCACACUGACCACUAGUUUUUCAGAAACGUAUUGGCUGGGAAAUCCACGCACUGAUGACUGCCGAGGAGAAGGGAUGAUGACCAUACAGGUAACAUGCACGAAAACGAUAUGUCAGGAAGCUGAUGCAGGAGAGCCCAUGACAGUGUUAGAAGCUAAUCAAUUAUUCCACUUAAUACAUGGGAGAGAGAAACGUGAUGUAGAAAAAUUAAAAACGUCCAAAUGGGACACUAAUCUAUUUCAACAGUGGCUAAAAUAUUCGGCUGAAGCAAUGUUCAAUGCAAAAGGAGGAAAAAAGCAAGACUGUAUUGCUUGCUAUAAUGCCAAAAAGAUACCCCAAAUUAAACCACUGCCAGGAAGUGAAAUAGGAAGCUGUCCUGAUUUGUCAGUAUGUUUUGCACACUGUGCAUUGCACAUGGCAGGAGAUUUGCAGCAAUGGAGCGAUGUACUAACAGUUUGCCCAUCUAGAUAUACUCGAAAGCAUAGAGAGUUUGACAUAGCAACCAUAAUACCUCCAAUUGUAAGAAAACCUGAUUCCAUGACCUUUCCUAUCUGUAUAGUACGGGGGGAGGAAUUGGAGCAGGUAACAGGCAGAAGAACACCAAAGAUGAAGGAUGCGGCAGGAUUGGUGAAAUGCAGCAAGGAAACAUGGUACCCAAGAACAGCAACAAGUAAUGUGACAGCCACCAUCAAAAUGUGCACCACCAGCCCAAAAGCCCGCAUGAAAUGCACCCAAGUUGUUUCAAACGGAGCACAUGUAAUAUAUGAGAGAAACCUUACUACAAUCUCACAAUAUAGACUAUUAGAUUUUGCUGAAGGCACAGCUCCAUUAGGAGACAUCUUCUGGACCUGUGAAAACAAUGCCACAAUAAUGCCUCAAUUACCAAGAAAUUGGACGGGCAUAUGUGCCCCAGUAAUGCUGACUGGACAACUGACGCUAAUCACCCAGAAAACUGCACCAGCUAGUUCCCGACCAAAAAGAAAUGCACCACAGCAGUACACCCUAGCCAAUUGGACAUGGACAUACCAACCAGCAGAAGUAUAUAUCACAUGGGACCAGGUACCAAGUGGAGUCCCAGGUGAAUAUGAGGCAAUAGGCUCAGAUUGGAUACAGUCAGGUAGAGUGGCAGGAAGCAUCCCGCUCACUGGUCAAAUACCCAAUGCUCAAUACAUAGCAAGAAAUAGUCGAUGGGUUAAUUACUUAUGGUACAAUCAACAGAGGUUCAUAAAUUUCACCCUGUUAGGCUUUGAAUUGGUAAAAGACCAACUGCAUCCCACGUCAGUUAUGGCAUUACAAAACAGAUUUGUGAUUGAGUCCAUAAUGGCCACAGAUCAAGGAGUAUGUGAAGAGUUUGGAAAGGAGUGUUGUACCGUAAUACCUCUCCACACAGCAGAGGAGGGUGACUUGACACGAGUAUUAAAUGCAAUGAAGAAAGUGCGGGACGAACACGUUAAUAACUCAAACUGGAACACAAGAUUGGCAAGUCUGUGGGACUGGCUUAGCAAAAUGAGCUGGCUGAGGUGGCUUAAAAUGAUAGGAGUGACAAUAGGAGGAUUCUUUGUGUUGAUUUUAAUAAUAAUCUGCUGCAUCUUGCCCCUGCUACGCAUCCUGAUCUCCAAAGUGCUGCAAAGUGUGACAGGGCAGUUCCCAUUACAGGUAAGAGAUGGUGAUGAAAUUGUUUUGACCGAAUUUGACGAUAGCAUUAGUGACUUCAGUAACAGCACAGGGGAUAUAGAUGAUUAAAAACUAAAAACCAAGGUCAUCAUCCCUCUCCAUUAAGGUAUGUACAGUGUUCAAAAUCAGUAGAAAAGAAUGUGAACAACACAAAAGCAACAUAUUUAUGUACAUAUGUAAAUACACAACUAUAACCAUUUUAUUCAUUUUCCAUAAAGACUAUACAAUGGCUGAGGCUUUCUGGACCUGGCAGGCAGCCAUGGCGUCUGGCAGUCAGGACGAUGGGACCGACAGACCAGGCCCAUCACACAUGUUAGCAGCACCUUAUCACAUAGCCACAUCAUCCAGGGAAACACCUAUUCUGACCACCAUGAUACAGGCAGGAUCUAACGGUGAAGGAGGGAGGCAGCAAUCCUUUUACCAGCAUCGACUUCCACCUUUGAUGCCAACACCAUUCGGAGCGGCCAUUGCCCAGUACUGACACCACCACCACCACCACCACCACCUACACCGGCGACAUCAACAUUAGAGGAACCCCAGCAUCCAGAGGAGAACAACGACCCAUGGCAGCAGAUCAACUUGCCUCCAGACCCAGCAGUGAAUCAUCCAGAGAAUGAUGAUGAGGAGGAGCCAUCAUCCAAUCCAACAUCUCCAGCAGAAUCUUCUGAGCUGGCCAACCAGGACCUCAACAGACGGCUGUUUCCCUCACGACGUCAUCACAUUUCUGAGGGAGAUGGUAACCUAAUGGGCAGAUACCUGUCGCGCCCAUGGAAUACCUAUACCACGGCACGUGACUUUGAGGAGGAGAUUGCCACAAUGUCACGCCACACCUUUUUUCUUACUACUCGGAACCUAUCACAGGAGGGAAGAAGGGCUCUUAAGGCAAUUCGGAGCAGAGCGCGACAGCGGAAUAAGAACAUGGAGCUUAGAGCGCGGGCUCAACGUGCCGAAAGAUCACUCGCCACUAUGGAGAACAAAAGGAACCGGGCCAGGAUGGAUGCUGAACGAUACAGGCAAGCUAUUAACUGUAUAUACAACCACUGCUGCAAUUACACAAUCGUGCUCCUUUCUGGAAUAAGUGACAUGCAAGAGGGAAACUUCCAUGGGCCCAACAUACUUCGUGAUGAACAUGUGGAAAUGGAGAGGGCACGAUUGCUCCCAAGGUUAUCAGAACCUUAUCCAUGAAAACUGACACUACCAUCAGUGUUUGCUUCAUAUAUGAACAUAUGUAACCACUUAGUAUCGACAUCAUAUUGGAACUUGUAUAACCACAUAAUCAUGUGUAUUAUUAGUGUGACAGAGACCCCAGAAGAUAACUGGAUGCUACAAGGAGGAGAAAACACCUGUAUAAUGGACUUCCGGGGGACUAUGGACACAGUAACUCCAUAACCUGCAUAUUAAGAAGGACUGCUAUUGAUGGACACAAACCAAUGUGUGAUGUAUUAUAAAUAAACUCUGUUUGAUAAGGCGGUGCAGAAGGAAGGUACAAAUGGUUAACAGUAGAGCUUGAGAGAUCGUAUAAAAAUAAUUCUGAAAUAAGUAAUUGGACAAAUCCAAAAGGUGCAAAUUAAAAUUAUUCAAAUAUUAUUCAAUAAUGCUGAAUAACAUAUAUAAACAUAAACAAACAUAAUAAACAUACUAUUAUAAAUUAACACAACUAGUAGAGACAGGAAGUUUACACUACCUGUGUGAUGUUGUCAAAAUGUAGUAGCAUUCUGACCAGAACGAUUAGGAGAAAGGACUAAGUAGGUCUGUAAAGACUGAAAAGUCAGGAAGGUUUCUUUGAUUAUUUUAAAAGUACUGGGCAUUUAGAACCCAGUAAGUGUUGAGCAUGCAGGCUUGAGGCAUAAGGUGUAAAGCUGCUCUGAGAGAGAACAAUGUCGGAAACUUCUCUAUAAAAAAAUAAGGUAACUGGUACUUAAGGAAAACUCCUUAGAAAGUUAAACCUAAAGUUCUGUGUAGCUUUAUGAGCCAAAGAUGAGUAUUCUUGUUUUUGUUUUGUUUUUUCACUUAUAUUAAAUAGCAUAUUUGAAGACUAGAUGGUAGUAACCUGAGCACAUACACAUAUUAUGCAUGUUUACUUAUAAUCUGUGCUCAUAGAUACACUUCUCCACACAAAUAUAUAUAUUAUGCAUGCUUAUUUCAUUUUCAUUGAACAUGUGUGUGAGACAUUUAUUCACUAGAUUAGAUUGAAAUGUGUUUAGGGAUCUGGACCACAUGACGUGGCAAUUUACCUCUCAUGAGUGACAUUGAAAGUGAGGGGACGUUUCCCGAGUCAUGUUGUCCUGUCCAUAGGUGUUCUGUCAGUGACGGCACCUGGGUGAUCCAUUUUGUACAGGUAAGUGCCUGGGAUCACUUUUAGAAGUGCCUCAUAACUGUUUUAUUGAUAGUUGUGACACAUUCUUUAGGGAGGCCCUCACUGUAGAACUCACAUAUCAACAUACCGACAUAUAAUCCUAUGUUUUGUUGUUGAAUUGCAUGUAUGUUACUGAUGGAUGGUCCUUUUAGGACCAAAGGGGGGAAAUGUUGUGUAAAAAUUCAUAAAGUUUAUAAAGUAAAUACUGUUGAGAUUUCAGGAGACAAUGUUACAAAAUAAUAUGGCACCUGCUGUACUACAACAGCACCCAACAGCACCCACUGUGGCAGGUGUGGAUAAUAGCACUCACGGGGUCAUGUGUGUAAGGAGGAGACCCUGUUAUGCAACAGAAGUGUAGUAGCACCAAGACCAUUAAAACUACAGUGUGUUUUACUGACCUAGAUAAGGCAGGUGGGAGGAGUGCAGCUUCUGCUGCAAGCUCCUGACCUACAGUAACCUGACCUUGGGAAAGUGAAGGUUUGGAGGGGAGCUGCCCCGCCCGGGGAGAAAAGGGCAGAGCAACAAGUGUCUUCACUUUGUUUGGGAUUAUGAUUGGGUAAAAAUAUAAUAAAAUAAUGGUCAAAAACACCCUAAAAGGUCAAGAUGAUGAUCUAACGUCCGGGGAGCUGAAUCCCACCCCGUGAGCAACAGGUAUAUAAGGUGAUGUUGUGACCAAAAAUCCUCAGUCUGUCUUGUCUUCUGUCACUUUUCUGUGGAAUAAACGCUUUGUCGACCCUG